ACAACCACGAAAAAAAAGAAGUGCAAAAUAUGGCAAACUCUGUCCAUGUCAAAGAAGUUAUAGUGAUCAAACCAUCUGAGCCAACCCCAAGUUGUGUUUUGUCUCUCUCAGCCCUUGAUUCUCAGCUUUUUCUACGUUUCACUGUGGAGUACCUCUUUGUUUUCAAGGCUCGUCCAGGUUUAGACCAAGGUGUAAUCACAGCUCGUGUCAAAGCUGCAUUAGCUAAGAUUUUGGUGCCUUAUUAUCCACUCGCAGGACGUGUCAGGGCCAAGCUCGAUGGUUCAAGCCUGGAGGUUGUGUGUCGAGCCCAAGGAGCGGUGUUUAUGGAGGCUGUCUCUGAUCACACGAUUAACGACUUUGAUAGGGCCCCACGGUACGUGACACAAUGGAGGAAGCUCUUGUCCGUCAGCGUGGCAGAUGUUCUUAAAGGGGCCCCACCUCUUGUUGUCCAGCUUACGUGGCUCAGAGGUGGAGAUGCCACGUUAGGUGUUGGUCUUAACCAUAGUGUCUGCGAUGGAAUUGGUAGUGCCGAGUUUCUCAACUCUUUCGCUGAGUUAGCCACGAGUCGAAACCGAGUGGAUGAUUUGAAACCCAAGCCAAUUUGGGAUCGCCACCUUUUUUAUCCCACAAACUCUUCUCGUUGUUACUCAGCGACUCAUCUCGAGUUCAACCGAGUUCCAGACCUCUGUGGUUUUACAAGUCGCUUCUCUAAUGAAAGACUCACCCCCACCUCCAUAAUUUUUGAUAAAAGAUGGCUAAAUGAGUUAAAGAAACUCGCUUUGUCAACGAGUACACCUAUUGGGUUAGCAUAUACGUCUUACGAGGUACUAUCAGCUCAUGUAUGGAGGAGCUGGGCCAGAGCUCUAAACUUACCAUCAAACCAAAUCUUGAAGCUUCUUUUUAGCAUAAAUAUCAGAAACCGAGUCAAACCUAGUGUACCCAGUGGGUACUACGGCAAUGCAUUUGUUCUAGGGUGCGCGCAAACAACUGUUAAAGAUUUGGCAGAGAAGGGUUUAGGUUAUUCGGCAAUGUUAAUAAAAAGAGCUAAAGAAAGAGUGGAUAACGAGUACGUAAGAUCAGUGAUAGAAUCAGUGAGCCAGUCAAGAGCUUGUCCUGACUCAGUUGGAGUGUUGAUCAUAUCGCAAUGGUCAAGGCUAGGGUUAGAGAGGGUUGACUUUGGAAUAGGGAAGCCGGUUCAUGUGGGUCCAAUAUGUAGUGAUAGGUACUGUUUGGUUUUACCUGUUUAUAAUCAACCGGAUGCUGUUAAAGUGACGGUAGCUGUCCCAGCAAGCGUUGUUGACAAGUAUGAGUAUCUGGUCAAGAGUCCAUGUUCUUGAGGACAGUUGGAGUUUGGGCUCUUUCGUUGACUUGUUUUAUUAGUUUUUGACACUCUUCGCUUCUUUGAACUGAUGAUCAUUAAUUCCAAUCCUGGUCUAAUAAGAACAGUACUUGUAGUAGUAUUAAAUAUUAAUCGUUAGCUUUUUUUUUUA